AUGUCUUCUUUGACUAGGUUGUUACAGGAGAAGCGAAGAAAUGAAGCAGAAUCCUUAAACACUGCUACGAAUAAUAAUAAUCAGCAAUUUCCCUUGGGUAGUCCUUCGACAGCCCCCCUGGAAUUGGAACGCCCCCUGGGUCCAGGCGGUGAAAAUUCUACAACGAGUAUUACUACUGUUACUCAAGUCGAUUCUGGCGAAGAUUCUUCUACUCCUAGUUCUUCUUUCCAAAGUGGUAGUGUUGGUGCACACUUCCCUUCGAGCUUUUUGGAUGCUAAUUCGGCACAUACUGCAGCUUUGCAUGGAAGUUCGCUGCAGAGAAAUGGUGGAUCUUUUCUCAUUGAUGGAGCUAGGCCUGGUAGCAGAUUAGGUGUCUCCAACACGCCACACAGAUUGAGUGGGUCCAGUAAACAUCCACCUUCGUUGUCAUGCAGUAUCCCAUAUUCCGUUCCCAACUCAAAUAAAGAUUCUAGCGUUGGUGGUGGUAGCAGUAGCAACAGUUCAUCCUUAUCGAAUUCGUGGUUGGAGGCCUAUGGUGGUGCUUUGCCUAAUAAUGUUUCGGCAAUUGAUUCUAAUGUGAUAUCUUCACCAAAGGUGGAUAGUGUUGAACCUCGUUUUUUCAUUUCAAAGCAGAAAUUCCAGAAGUCUUCCACAGAUAAUGCUACCAAUGCAGCCCAAGCUGGUAGUUUUUCUGGAUCGAAUUCGCUAUCCUCACAAUUUGGUAGUUUCUUCUUCAGUAAAGGUAAGACGCAGGCUCAAGAACUUCCCACUAGCGCUGGAAGUGGUGUGGGGUCAGCCACCACAAGUAAGGCGGGAUCACCGGUGGCUACAGCAAUUCCCAAACCGAUGAAGGCAAGGCAGAGUAGUAUUUACAUGUCUUCUAGACAACCUUCCGGAUCAUAUCAAGAGACAGUCGCAGGUUCUCCUUCAUCUUCUUUGAUGCAUGAACCACCACCAAGUCAAAAUGGCCCUAAACCUUCACGUCAUUCAUCGGUAGCCAAUUUGAAAUCGUUCUUCAAAAAAGGUUCAAGUACUAACUUGUCCGCCCAAGCUGGUUCGCCCGGUGCCAUGGCAGUACCCUUCUCCUCUGGUACUCCGGCACAUGCAACUUUCACUAUGGGAUCGUUAGGUAGUAGUGGAAGUGCUGGUGGUGGUGGUAGUAGCGGUAAUGGUAAUGUCGGUAAUAGUAGUGCUUCUUCUGCUGGUGGUGUUGUUGGUGAAACCAUAUAUUGUUCUACUCCCGAUGCAAAUUUGCCCUUUCACAAAAGAUAUGUCAAGACAGGUGAUGAUUUAGGUGCUGGUGCUGGUGGUUCAGUUAAAUUAGUCAGGCGUGCAGCUGAUCGUAAAGUGUUUGCCGUCAAGGAGUUUCGUACUAAAUUGGACAGUGAAUCCAAGAGAGACUAUGUUAAAAAGAUUACUUCAGAAUACUGCAUAGGUUCCACAUUGCGCCAUUCUAACAUUAUUGAAACCAUCGAAAUUGUUUACGAGAAUAACCGCAUCUUGCAGGUGAUGGAAUACUGCGAAUACGAUUUGUUUGCAAUUGUUAUGAGUAACAAAAUGUCUUACGAAGAAAUAUGUUGUUGUUUCAAACAGAUUUUAUGUGGUGUUCAAUAUUUACACAGUUUGGGUUUGGCACAUAGAGAUUUGAAGUUAGAUAAUUGUGUGAUUAACACAAAGGGGAUCGUCAAAUUGAUCGAUUUCGGUGCCGCUGUAGUUUUCUCGUAUCCGUUAUCAAAAACUUUGGUGGAAGCUAGUGGUAUUGUUGGUAGUGAUCCAUAUUUGGCCCCUGAGGUGUGCAUUUUCUCGAAAUACGACCCACGUCCCGUGGAUAUCUGGUCGGUUGCCAUCAUAUUUGCAUGCAUGAUUCUUAAGAAAUUCCCAUGGAAGAUUCCCAAGCUGAGAGAUAACUCUUUCAAAUUGUUCUGUUCUGGCCGUGAUUGUGAUUCUUUGAGUGCAUUGGUGACAAGGACACCAGAUCCUCCAUCCUACGACAAACUAGUCAAUAACCAAGAUCCAGGCACAUCGCCAAAGAAAACUAACAAUCCUGUUGAUCCCAAUAACCCAAACAUCGGCCCUCAAAGACUUUAUCAUUCUUUACCUGAAGAAUGUCAACAUAUUGUGUCUCGUAUGAUUGACUUAGCUCCUGCAUGUCGUGCAAGUAUAGAAGAAAUCAUGGAUGAUCCAUGGGUAAAAAGUAUACAAAUGUGCCACAUGGUAGAGCAAGGUCUCAACUUCAAAGUUGUUAACGCAGAAGAUCACAAACAUACACAAGUGGAUCAAAGUGAAGCCCAUAUCGCAGGUCUGGAGAAAAGAAAGAAGAAGGGGGGAAGUUGA